AGAGUCAAAGUUUGGGAGGUGUAGAUUCUUAGAAAGAACUCAAAACAUGUGGUUUUUUGUGACGUCCGUGUUGAAGGCGGAAAUAAUUAAUAGUCUUCUCAACGAUAACAUAGCAACAAGCAUAAUGGUGAGUGAAUUGAUUACUUGUCACCAGAGAAAACUAAGGCCUAAGCCAGAGCAAAAAGCUAGUCACAGCAUACUUUGUGGUUCCUGCCUGGUCGCAGGUAAAGGGCAAGGAGAUAGAAUUAAAAGAGGAUUAAAAAGGAAACGUGAUACCGAUGGGGUCGUGUGCAAGCGCUCAGAAAGGCGCACGAAGGCAGGAAGGUGCAUCAGCUCCCACGAAUGCGAUGGAAGCUUAUGGGUCAAGGGCAACUGUAGAAAUUGAUGAAAAUGCUAAGAGGGAUGGCCAAAAAACCGAUGACACAAAUGAUGAUACUGAUGAAGACGAACAACAAAUGAGAAAUUACAAAAAACAGACUGAACAUGAGACACAACAACGUAUCGAAGACAAUCAUGGAAGUGAAGAUGAUGUUGAUGUAGAGAAAGAAGAGGAAGAGGAAGAAGAAAAUAACGAAGAAGAGGUAGAAGAAGAGGAAGAAGAUAAAGAGGAAGAAGAGGAGCAAGAUAAUGCUGAAGAGAAUAAAGAAGAAGAAGAAGAAGAAGAAGAAGAAGAAGAAGCAGAAAAUGCCAACGAUGGUGAUGAAGUUGACGAAGAAAAGGAGGCUGAUGAUUCUUGGUGGUAUGAUAGAAGCGGUGCUGGUGAGAUGAAAGGCAAAAUACUUGAUGGCCAAAUUGACAUGGAAAUUCCUUCUCAAUUCAAACUUGUGCGAAUAUUUACAAGCUCAACAUUCACCGAUACUUUCAUAGAAAGAAACAGUCUAAUGGAAAGAGUUUAUCCGAAGCUGAAAGAGUACUGCCAAUCACACGGCUAUGAUUUCCAGGUCGUUGAUAUGCGUUGGGGUGUGCGAGAUGAGGCAACAGAUGAUCACAUGACCAGCGAGCUUUGUAUGAGGGAGCUUAGAGCCUGCCAGAAGUUUUCCGUCGGUCCGAAUUUUAUUACGUUUUUAGGCCAAAAAUAUGGCUACCGACCGUUCCCGCCGAAAAUAACCCAAAACGAAUUCGAGGCUAUGCUUGCAAAAGUUGAAAAAGAUGCUGAGAAGGAGCUCCUCACUAAGUGGUUUGUCAAGGAUGAGAACAUAGUUCCAGCGAUGUAUAUUUUGCAGCCAAUCAGAAGUAUACUACCAAAUUACAACAAUAGGGAUGUAAGUGCGGAGGAGAGAUCCAAGGCGUCCAGUGAGUGGUGGUCAGUGUUCGAAGCAAUGCAAUUGAUCCUUCGUGAGGCAUCUAAGAAAGCGCUAAAAGAUCAAGAAGAGAUUGACAAAUAUUGCAUCUCAGUCACUGAAGAUGAAAUAAGACGGGGAAUACUGAGAGUUAAAAACAAAAAGAAGCAUUGCUAUUGGUUCAAGCGCAACAUAACUGACAUGAAGAGCAAUUUGGACAAAGGGAAGGCGCGAAUGUUCAUUGACAAGACCCCAAGUGGCCUUGACGAAGAGGCGGUUGCAUUGCUUGAUAAGCUCAAGGGAAAAUUGCUGAAAGAUCUCCCAGAGUCUAAUGUAACCGAGUAUGACGUGGAAUGGUGCGGAGAAGCCGGAAUAAACCCAAAAGAGAGCGAUAAACAGAAGACCUACGUUGAUAAGUUAUGCAAAGAUUUCUAUGACACAUUGGUUGGUAUGAUAAAUGAGGGAAUUCAAGAAAAGAAAGAGGUAGUGUUCGACGGUGACCUUGUCAAGGAGGUUAGUCACCAUGCCGCCACAUGCCAGGAUAAAUCCCGUGUCUUCUUCGGAAGGGAGGCUGUUUUAGAUGCCAUCAUCAAGCAUGUUGAUCAAAGUCAAGAUGAACCUGAUUAUGAGAGCGAGGAAGGGACAAACAAGAGUGUCCUAGUCGUGCACGGGCCAUCCGGAUGUGGCAAAACAUCGAUUAUGGCAGUCGCUGCCAAGAGGAUCAAAGAGAAGUACCCAAGUGUGCCGAUGAUAUUGAGGUUCAUUGGAACAACGUCCGAGUCAUCCAGUGUCAACAGGGUGUUGUAUGGUAUUUGUGAACAACUUUGUCAUUUCGAAGGCCUGGGUACGUCGGACAUACCCAAGUCAUUCAAAAAGAUGGUAGAAUUUUUUUCUGAGAAAUUGAAAAGUAUGGAAACAAAGCUGGUUAUAAUUCUGGAUUCACUGGACCAGUUCUCUCCAGAAGAUGGUGCUCUUGCCAUGAAAUGGCUCCCAAAGGAGAUUUCUCACAAUGUUGUCGUCAUUUUGUCAACAUUACCUGGAGAGGAAUACAAGACAUAUCCUGCUUUAAAGAAUAUGUUGCCUGAAAGUGCGUUUGUGGAGGUACCUGUUAUGCCGGAUAACACAGCAGGAUUGAUCCUUGAUGCCUGGUUGAAGGAUGCCCACCAUACCAUCACAGAGGAGCAAAUGAAGAUUGUCAUGAAAGCAUUUGAUCAGUGUCCUUUGCCUUUAUUUUUGAAACUGUCUUUCGAUGAGGCUGUUCGUUGGAAAUCAUACUCCCCGAAGGCAGAAACAGUCCUUCAAAGCACUGUUAAAGAGUCUAUUAAUGGAUUCUUUGCUAGACUCGAGAGACUGCAUGGGUCUCAACUUGUCAGUCAUGGCCUGGCCUACAUUACAGUGGCAAAGAAUGGUCUUAGCGAUGCAGAGCUUGACGACAUUCUCUCUAUCGAUGACGAAGUGCUGAACGACGUGUAUCAGUACUGGACUCCACCAGUCAGAAGGGUACCACCGCUGUUAUGGAUUCGAGUCAAAACCGAUCUCGGCUCCUACAUCGUGUCAAGGGGUGCAGAUGGUGUCCUAGUUAACAACUGGUACCAUAGGCAGUUUAUCGAAACUGCACAUCAGCGCUACAUCAAGCCCGAAAACGAGGCAAAGAUUCGCGAUUUAGCUGAAUAUUUCCUCGGAAGGUGGUCUGGUGGAAUGUUGAAGCCUUUUACGUCCAAACAAGGAGACAGUGACGAGAAGGAUCGUCUUGUGCCAGCACAGCCGAAUAUUUUCCCAAAACAGGAGGACCAAGAUAAUGAUGUUUAUAACUAUCGCAAACUCAACGAGCUACCAUGGCAUUUGAUAAAAUCACGAAAUCUUGAGGCACUGAAGGAUCAUGUGAUUUUUAACUUUGACUUUCUAUCCGCGAAACUCUGUGCGUUCGGAUUAAGGAGUCUGCUACAAGAUUUAAAUGAGACACUGGAAGUUUUUAAAGAUGAAAAGGAAAUAAAACUGCUUCGUGACACUAUUCAGAUGUCUGGUGAGGAAUUACUAGGUGAUCCACAUCAACUGGCGUCACAAUUAAACGCCAGGCUUGGUCACCUGACAGGCCAUGAGAAGAUCUCUGAUCUGAUCAACCAGUCUAGGAACGCCAAUGUCCCUUGCUUGUACCCUACGGUUGCUUGCUUUGAUAAGCCCGGAGGACCACUGAUUCAGUCACUGGCCGGUCACACCUCUUCUGUGCAGUGGGUAACAGCGACAAAGGACUCCAAAAGGCUUCUCUCAGUAGCGCAAAAUGACACUGUCAAGACCUGGGACCUCGAAAGUGGCACUGAAUUGCGUUCUUAUGAAGUUCCAAACUCUUUCACAGUGGCACGGUUUUACAAUGAUGACAAGGGAGUUAUUUUGGCCGGCUUUUGUGGGUUUUUGGCAAUGGAUUUAGAGACAGAGGAGAUAGCAUAUCACAAUGAGUACCUUGUGGGACAGUAUGGCACAUGCAUGGACAUUGGAGCUUACGGGGCGAAAGUUGUUCAUGCUGGAGCAAGCACUAUAUCUGUAUUCGAAGUCAAUGGCAAAGAUGUCAAACCCUGCUGGUCAUACGAAGAAACUGCAGCAACAACUGAUACUGGAUUUUAUGACAUCAUAACUGCUGGUGGAAAUUACUAUGCGUAUACAAGAGGAGAUAUGACAACGCUAACCGUGCGCAAAUGCGACGAUAAGGGCUUUAAAAAGAGUCUGAAAUCCCCGUAUGUGCUAAUACAUUAUAAAUUUAACGAGAACGGGAGUGAGUUGAUAACAUUGACAAGCAACUCAAAAAUGCAAGACCAGUAUAAGCAGGUCAACUUAGUAAUCUGGGACACAUCAUCAUGGAAUAUUCUACAAGACAUUCCAAGCAAAUUUGAUGCUACUAUCAUCAACGUUUACGAUAUGGAUCUUGUGAAACUUGAAACAGGUUGGGAGGUCAUCUGGCCUGUCAUAUUCCAAAUCAACUUUUGGAACAUCAAUACUGGACAUGAAAGAGUUGCUCUGAAAUCUGGUUACCAAGGCAAUCAAUAUAAACAAGCAAUCUCUCCUGAUGGAAAGCAGCUGAUCGUUGUCUCUAUGGAUACGAACCAAAGAGCGAUUGAUGUUUACGACCUAGAUGCUGUGACAUAUAUUGAGGGUGGAGACAAACAUUUGUCUGCUAUUGAAAAGACAAAGGCUUAUGUUGGCGAAGGGGAAAGAGAUGCAUUCCUGGCAGAAGGUAACGAAAACAUUGCUUUAUCAAUACCCCCGGCGGAAGGUGUUGUAACUAUCUGGGAUUUGCUGUACCGAGAUAGACUGCGACGGGUGAGAAUCGAAGGAAUCUUCCCGUCUGCUAUGACGUACAUAAACGAGAAAUACAUGGCAAUUUGGGAUUACAACACGAGGAAGAUAUAUCUUAUAGAUUAUAUAGAAGAGAAAGUUGAGGCUACAAGCCCACUCAAAGUCUGUGAGCUGGCUCCUACCACAGGCUAUUCAAAUACGUGGCAAUACUUGGGUAACUACGAAUUUAUUGUUGUAUCUGAAGACGGGAAAGAUCUAAAUCGUUACAACUUAAAAACUGGAAAAGUGAUUGCUACAAUCAAGACAGGAGAGUCGAAAGAGAUCAGCAACAUGCUGGUGAGCCACGAUAAAUCUGUUGCCUUGCUUGCUUUGAAAGACUACGAAUCAACAACGGUACCCGCGAUCUGUAUCGACUUAGAUGCCAACAAAAAGCUAUCAAAGAUUACAGUUGAAGGUCAAAGAGUUGAUUUGCGUCCAGAAGCCAUCGCAUUGGCUCCUGACGGGAAAACAGUAGUUCUGUCCAUCAACAGCAAUAGCCUACCUCUCUACGAUGUGAAAACUGGGAAAGAAAAGAAAAGAAUCCAUUUCACACCGGAAUUACCAAAAGAUGACGACUUUGAUUACGAAGCAAGCACAAUCUUCACUUGCAUUUUAUCAUCUGCCAAAGGACAGUUCAUGGCGGCUUGUAUAUCAGGAGUUGGUAAAAUUGAUGGUACCUACCAAAACUGCCAGUGGUUGGCAUGCUUUGAUAUCUACACGCAUGAGAUGCUUGUUUACUCGACAGCAUUCUACUACACCAAGAUGCAGGCCUCUCAGGACGGUUCACGCAUCAUAGGGUUAAGCCAGCCUAUAGCGGAAGAGGCCAAAUCGCUGGAAAUGUGGGAUACAACUGGCAUACGGCAAGGGAAACUUAGGCGUAUUGCAAAGUUCCUCCCCGACACAGAUUUGCGCUUCAAUCACUUGGCACCCGAUGGGCAAACUGUGAUAGCAGGCAUUGCCGGUGUAGAUGGCCUUGUGUUUUUGCGAUUGUGUGGAGGAGGGGAGUUGAAGGAAAGGGAAGAAGAUUGUAAGGAGUCAAAGAUCGUUGUUGCUGUAGAGCAAAAUAAAUAAAUGAGGACACUAGAAAAGCGCUUGCGUGUACUGUUGAUUCUAACUGGUAACAAGAGAGUAAAUGGUUUUGUGGUUUGUCAAAGCACUCAUAGAUAUAUGGUGAAUAGAGCCUGUGGUCAGCCCUUACUGACAAGAGCUUUGCAAAGCUUGCCUUGCUAAAAGAACAAUAUUGGGCACACGCUUUUUCCACUUUCCCUGGCCACAGGGCAAAAAUGCUUUUUACUGACAAUUACAUACCAGAAAAACCCGAAGGAGCAAUAUUCCCUGUAGAUAUUCAAGCAAAUUUAUGAUGUUUUGCACUUGAAAUUUUAUGUUAUACCUGGUAGACGACACAUCAUAAAGCCUUCUUAAACCAUUCUAUUAGUAACUAGUGAUGUCAGAGCCAGCCACAUGCUUCAAGUACAAGGUUUCCUUUUAUCUCUGAUUUAUGAAAAAAAAAUUUUGUCUCAAGAGGCACCUUGUCACUGUCAAUGACUUCAUUGCAUGUAGAGUUUCUCAUAUGACUUUAUGUUGGUAAUUAAUGAACUAAAUCAAUUGGUCGGGUGGGUGGCAUCUUGAUUUCAUGAACUCAGAUCGAUUGUAUUUAUUAGUUUAUAAAUUUGAAAUUACAUACAUUCUAACAAUGCAUCAAUUCUAGAGCACACAAUUUUAUAACUAACCUUCACCUAUUUAUGAUAUUUUAUUACUACAUUUUCUUCCAUUUCUAUUUCAUAACUGAAUACAUUUUAUCUGAUGUCGUAGCCUUACCAAAGAGCAUAACUAUUCACAAACAUACUUUUGAACGUAAUUACUGUUGUCAUUCUGGAAGUGGCAGUGGAUUGUGCUGCAUUUCCAAUGUUUUGGCAGUAUAAUAACUAUUUAUUCAUGAAAUUCAUCCUCCGAA